AUGGAGGAGGAGGGCUGUGGGUGUCCCCUGACCAUUUAAAUCCAGCCAGCCACAGAGGAUCAGUGGGAUCCUGCUGGGCCCUGGAGGGUGAAGAGGGGCUCUUCCUGUUCUUCCCCAGCUGAGGGAUGAUGGCCAGACCCUGGCAGACCCCACAACUCCUGCUGGCCAUUCUGGUGGCCCUGGUGGCCCUCACCCACCAAGAAAGAAGGAAAACCUUUAUGAGUGUCGAAGAAGUGCCUGUAUCAGAGCCCCAGGUGAUAGCCACCUUGCAGUUUGUGAUCAACGACUUCAACAAGAAGAGUGAUGACAAGUACAAUUUCCGGAUUGUGCGGGUCCUGAAGGUCCGGAAGCAGGUUACUGACCACAUGGAGUAUCAUGUGAACAUGGAGAUGCGGCGGACCACCUGUCAAAAGCUGGAGACUACUAACUGCAUGUUUCAAGAAGGGGAACUUUAUAAGCAAAUUGAGUGCUUCUACUCAGUGUUCGUUGUUCCCUGGUUUGAAAAGUACAAAAUUCUGAACAAAAACUGCACCGAUGGCUAGGUGUCCUGAAGCACAUAUCAGCAAUCAUACAUUAAAAUAUCAUGCAAUAAGCAGUAAUUCUCAAUAUAGAAAAUAAAUGUUUGUCAAACUAUUAUCUCAACACUCUUAAUGUUUAUUAGUCCACUUCCCCCCUAAACUCUUCAGCUCAUAAUAAUGUAAUCUGAAGGUAUUCUGAGCUAGGAUAGUUUUAGGAUUCUAAUGAAGUGACAUAGAUAAUUCCU